AUGACAAAAGAGAAACGGAAUGAAAACGCCAUACUGUUGAGCAGGGUGGUCCAGUACAUAGUAGAUACAAAAUUACGUUCGAAAAGCAGAAGGGCAUUAGAGGACGAUUUACCAUUAGGGAAGUCAAAACAUUUCUAUGAUUACGAAGGAUAUAAUGCACCAAAACCAGCUUUGAGGAACCAUGAAGAAGGAAAGAUGUUAAAAGAUAACCACGCAGAGUUAGUUGAAAAAGAAUUAAAGACUGCCUUGUCUCAUAAAAAGUCGGCCCUCUACGAUAGACCGUUUGUUGAGAAACGAGGGCAGAAUGAUUACUUGGUGAUGAGACCAGAUGUAGUGGAUCCUUACGUAACAGUGAUGCCCAAUCAAAUUUACUACGCUAUCGAGAAAUCCUGUGUCAACUGGCUGGAUGACUGCAGCCUGCAAGGCUUGAGAGAAAGACUUCUACGGGGAUCUAUUUCGUAUGGGAAAAAGUAG